CGAUUCAGCGGUUUUUGUGCAUGUAGGGAUGUGUAUAUAUGACCGUGGUAUAUAGGGUCUUGGACCGUGGGUGUUGUGGUGUGUUGUGUGUGUAAAUUACGUAUAUCAAUUGAGCAGCAGGUUGAUAUUCGCGAAUAUUAAACUAAAAAUUAGAUAUUCGGACGGAAAAUUGUGUACUUUUGUCUUGUGCGUGUUUGGGAGUUUCAUCGUAACUAUACCAAUACCGGCUUUUGCUGUGAGAGUUCUGAUUGCCCACCGUCGUUCGCGGGCCGAGCCAAAAUGGCGGUCGAAGACGUGGAGAUGAAGGACGCCAAAUCGCCGGAGGAGGCGACCGAGCCAGAGCCAGAGAAGAAAGAUGUCAACAUUCUCACACUGGAAGAUAUCCGCGAGCAGGCCAAACAGAUCGAGAAGUCAGUGAGCAGCAAGGAGCCGCGGUUCGCGCUGCGCGUGCUGCGCGCCCUGCCGGCCACGCGGCGCCGGCUGAACGCGCUCGUCCUGAAGCGGCUGCUGCACACCUCGUACACGCACUCUGCCCAGGAGCGCGACACGCUGCUGGCCUUUGUGGAGGAGCCCUCCGAUCCCGAGGAGCCGACGUCCACGUUCCGAAUGCGCAGCAACAAGGCGUCCCAGAGCCCGCUGCUGCCCGAGCAGGACGCCUACUUCCACCUGUUGGUGCUGCUGCGGCUGCUGGACUCGAACCGCAACCAGGAGGCCGUCACCUGCUCAGAGCAGCUGAUGGCCAAGCUGAGCGGGCUGAACCGGCGCACACUGGACCUGAUGGCGGCGCGCUGCUACUUCUACUACAUGCGCAGCUACGAGGCCACCGGACAGGUGAACCGCAUCAAGGGGGUGCUGCACGCGCGCCUGCGCACGGCCACGCUCCGUAACGACUACGAGGGCCAGGCGGUGCUCAUCAACUGCCUGCUGCGCGCCUAUCUGCACGGCAACUUGUACGAGCAGGCCGACAAACUGGUCUCCAAGUCUGUGUUCCCCGAGUCGGCGUCCAACAACGAGUGGGCGCGCUACCUCUACUACCUGGGCCGCAUCCAGGCGGCGCAGCUCGACUACUCGGAGGCGCACAAGCACCUGCUGCAGGCGCUCCGCAAGGCGCCGCAGACCUCGGCCGUCGGCUUCAAACAGACGGUGCAGAAGCUGGCGGUGACGGUCGAGCUGCUGAUGGGUGACAUUCCGCAGCGGCAGACGUUCCGAAAACCAGAGCUGCGCCGGCCGCUGGCGCCCUACUUCCAGCUGACGCAGACGGUGCGUAACGGUAACCUGCAGCAGUUCAACGCCACGCUGCAGCAGCACGGGGCGCGCUUCCAGCGCGACCACACGCUCACGCUCAUCUACCGGCUGCGCACCAACGUCAUCAAGACGGCGAUCCGCUCGCUGAGCGUCAGCUACUCGCGCAUCAGCCUGGAGGACGUGGCCAGGAAGCUGCUGCUCGACUCGGCCGAGGACGCCGAGUUCAUCGUGGCCAAGUCGAUCCGUGACGGUGUCAUCGAGGCCACCAUCGACCACGACGCCGGCUUCGUGCGCAGUAAGGAGCUGGUCGACAUCUACUGCACGCGCGAGCCGCAGCUGGCCUUCCACCAGCGCAUCAAGUUCUGCCUCAACAUGCACAACCAGAGCGUCAAGGACAUGCGCUUCCCGCCCAAGAGCUACAGCAAGGAUCUGGAGUCGGCCGAGGAGCGCCGCGAGCGGGAGCAGCAGGAUCUGGAGCUGGUCAACGAGAUGGCCGAGGAGGACGAGGAGGACGGCUUCCUGUGAGGAGGCCCGCCGCGCCCCGCCCCGCCGGCCACCCCGCGGCCAGCCGCCGCGCCGCCGCCGCCGCCGCUCGGCAGCGCCCCUCGCCGCCGGCCAGAGCCCCCGGGCCGGGCCGGAGCCGGAGCCGGAGCCGGAGCCGCCGCCACUGAGCGGAGACCGACCGAGGUACCGGGACCGGGGACAGACUCGGCCUGUCCGCGGCCCCGCCCGCCGAACUGGGCUCCAUUCGGCGGCGGGAACACUGCGCCGGUUUUCUGGUUUAGUUUUUCUCCAAUGUGCGCGCUAUAUGCGAUGUAAGUAACCAUCUCUAUCCUUGCGAGCAAAUAAAUAUUAAAGUCGCGUGA